CGUCCACUCAUCCCACCUCACCUCGGACCUUGUUCUUUGCUCACCCAAUGCCUGGCUUGACCUUUUACAUCUCCGUCUCACUGCAGACAGGAAUCUCGCGGAAGCCCACUACCGACGGCACCUUAUUCCGCUAACCUCUCACUACUCCACCACGCCACUUGCCUACUAACCUUGCCUUACCUGCCCUCUCUCUGCCAACCCCGCCCUGUCAACCUUCACCUAACCUAACCUAACCCGGGCCGUGCACUGCGUCUUCACUCCCAGCUGCAAGCAAUACCGUUCACGCCACCACACGUACGUCGACUGGCCGCGUCGUAUGCGACCCCAUCGGGAAGCCUUGGGUUUAUGAAUGUCGUGCCGAGGAUUAAAAACCACCCUCAACGUCAACGAGCCCGUCUCUGGUUUGCGCAACGGUCGACUGAACUGAACACCACACCCAGCAAGUGCCCAACAUGGCACAAGCGCCCAUGAUCGCCGUGCCUCUCAAGGCCACAAACGAGAUCGACUGGAUCUCGCCCCUCAAGUCGUAUAUCCAGAAUACCUACGGCGAUGACCCGGAGCGCUACGCAGAAGAAUGCGCCGCCAUCAACCGGUUACGCCAGGACAUGCGUGGUGCUGGUAAGGACAGCACCGCUGGCAGGGACCUGUUGUACCGGUACUAUGGCCAGCUAGAGCUUCUGGACCUCCGUUUCCCGGUUGACGAGCAGCACAUCAAGAUCUCCUUUACAUGGUUCGAUGCCUUCACGCACAAGCCCACUUCGCAACACUCGCUGGCGUUUGAGAAGGCCUCUAUCAUCUUCAAUAUCUCGGCCGUACUCUCCUGUCAUGCUGCCCAUCAGACUCGAACCGAAGAAUCCGGCCUGAAAACCGCCUACCAUUCUUUCCAGGCCUCGGCUGGCAUGUUUACUUAUAUCAACGAAAACUUCCUCCAUGCGCCAUCGGCAGACCUGAGUCGGGAAACGGUCAAAACCCUGAUCAAUAUCAUGCUGGCACAGGCGCAGGAGGUGUUCCUCGAGAAACAGAUCACAGACCAGAAAAAGGUUGGGUUAUUGGCCAAGCUCGCGAGUCAAGCAGCUACUCUGUACGGACAAGCAGCCGAGGGUGUCCAGGACAAUGUCAACAGGGCCAUUUUCGAAAAGGUCUGGCUUCAGAUGGUGCAAGCCAAGUACAACCUCAUGACAUCGAUGGCGCAAUACUUCCAGGCCUUGGCGGACGACGAUGCGAACUCGCACGGUAUGGCUAUUGCACGUCUACAGGUGGCGGAGGCACUUGCCCGUGAUGCGAACAAAAUCUCUCACAGUUUCCCGGGGACGUUGCCUCCGAACGCAAACUUGAACGCGGAUACGCCUUACAUAUUGCAGGAAAUCACCAAGAGGCACUGGGUGGCGGUUCAGGACAAGCUACGUGAGCUUAACAAGGACAACGAUUUCAUCUACCAUCAGCCAGUACCUGCCGAAGCAGGUGUCCCACCUGUGGCCAAGCUGCCUGCUGCGAAGCCUAUCCCAGUGAGCGAGCUCUACGCUGGGCAAGACAUCUCCCGAAUUACCGGGCCAGAUCUGUUUGCCAAAAUUGUGCCGUUGGCGGUCACUGAGUCGGCCAGCUUGUACGACGAAGAGAAGGCGAAGUUGGUCAGAGCUGAGACAGAGCGGGUUGAUCAAGCUAACAGCGAGAUGGCUGCGAGUUUGGAUUAUUUGAGGCUGCCAGGUGCUCUUCAAGUUCUGAAGGGUGGCUUUGAUCAGGAAAUUCUUCCCGAUGAAGAUUUCAGGACAUGGUGUGUGGACGUUGCGGACCACGAGAAUCCCGGGACGAUAUUCGACUCUUUGCAUGGUCAGAAACAGGCUAUCAUGACUGUUUUGGACAGGAGCGCAAAACAACUAGAUAUGGAGGAAAGUGUGUGUGAAAAGAUGAGGUCGAAAUAUGAUAGCGAGUGGACCCAGCAGCCAAGCUCGCGACUUACUACGACUCUACGGAGUGAUAUUCGAGGCUAUCGGGAAGCUUUGGACGAGGCAGCACGGAGCGAUCAACAACUGUUCACCAAGUUGCGGCAAAACCAGAACGAGUUUGACGAGAUGCGUCUUGCUGCAGAGACUGGCGAGGUGGAUGCGUUGUUCCAGAGGGCGGUUAAUAAAGGGCGCAAAGCCAGCAAUACGAAUAGCCCGUCGACUGAACCCAAUCUUUUGGAUGCCGAUUUUGAUGAUGGGGGACCGAGCGUUGUUGAGCAGAUUGCCAAGGUGGAGGAUAUCCUCAAGAAGCUGAAUCUGAUCAAAAGGGAACGGACCCAAGUGCUCAAGGACUUGAAGGAGAAGGCGCACAAUGAUGACAUCUCUCAAAUCUUGAUUUUGAACAAGAAGAGCAUUGUCAAGCACGAGCAGCAGCUGUUUCAACAGGAGCUCGAGAAGUUCAGGCCUUACCAGACCCGUCUCGUUCAAGCUACUCACAAGCAGGCGGCGAUUAUGCGGGAGUUGACAGUAACGUUCAACAACCUCCUUCAGGAUAAGCGGGUCCGCGCGGAGCAGAGCAAAUACGAAUCAAUUCAGAGGACGAGAGCUUCCGUCAUCGGCAGAUACAAGCGGGCAUAUCAGGAGUUCCUGGACUUGGAGGCUGGUCUCCAGAGCGCCAAGAAUUGGUACAAGGAGAUGAGGGAAACGGUGGAGAGCAUGGAGAAGAAUGUUGACACGUUUGUCAACAACCGGCGGUCUGAAGGAGCGCAGUUGCUCAACCAAAUCGAACAGGCCCGGGCAGCAAGCAAGAGCUCACAGGCUGCGUUGGAGCAGGAGCGGUUAAGGGGGUUGAUGGAGCGCAUGUCGAUGGAACAACCACCCUCACCUCCCAAGCAGUCGAGACCGGCGCCGGCACCGCUCACCUUCAACACCGGGCCGGCGUAUCACAAGAGCAGCUACUCCUCCGGGCAGCAUACACUCCCCAGCUCUCCACCCCCGACCCAGACCACCUACGGGCAUCACCAGCAACAGUCGAGCCAGUCGGGGUUCAACACCAUCUACAACCCUAGCUCUCACGGCCGUAUCCCAGGCCCGGCAUCUCCUCCGGCAACACAGUCGACUUUCAAUCUUGGGGGACACAUGCGCGGACCGGCUUCCCCGCCACCGAACCAGACUUCGUUUGGCCACAACACGUAUGGGAAUCCCAACGCACCACCACAAGGCUAUCAGCAACCACCUCCUCAGCAGCAGCAGCAAGCUGGUGGUGGUGGGUAUGUACCGCCUAACUUUGUGCCUCCGCCACCACCACCUGGACCGCCACCGCUGGGGCCGCAGCAGAUGAUCAACUAUGGGGAUGGGUAUUAUAACCCGAAUGCGCCGCCGAGACCGGGGUCGGCUUCGCAGCACCAGCACCAGCACCAGCACCAGCACCAGCACCAGCAGCAACAGCAACAGCAACAUCAGUUGUAUCAGGGACAGGUGGGAUAUCCGAAUCCCAAUCAGGGGGGUGGUGCUGGGCAGGAUCCUUGGGCUGGGUUGAAUGCGUGGAAAUAAGGGGUGGGGGGGAAGGGAU